GAUGUCGGACUACGUGAGCGAGCUGGAGAGGUUUCUCAUGGAGGAGGAGGAGGACGGCGAGGAGGUCUUCGGCCCCGACGGCGAAAGGAAAAUGGAGGACCUCACCGUCGCCGCCUACAGUCAUUUUUCUGAUGACAACACCGUCGCGGCGACCACCGAUGGCGGCGGUGAUCCGGGGGUGACGUCGACGCCUCCUGCGGCGGCGGCGGAUGACCUUGAUGCGCCCGAGGAUGAAGCGACCUCGAGGAAGCGCAAGAGCAUGGUACUUGCUUUCACGGUUUUAAUUGUGAUUCACGGGGCCAAUCCAAGCAAGAAAAGGAUCUGGAAGCUGAAAUUAAAGUGUAAAAAAUGACAGCGUUGAGAGCCAUGGAAGGGAUCCCAAUACGAGGCUGAUUGGAUACUCUGUCUAGGACAGCAGCUCAUCAGGUGGAGUAUCAUUAAUCAAUUUGAUCAUGGCAUCUCUGAACAAGGUUAUAUUUAAUUAAUUGAUUCCAAAAAAUUGUUCGUAGCACUAACUGACCACAUGGCACAUGCAUCAUGUAUGUUGCAUACUUACAUCUAUCGUCUUAGAGCAAAUAUAACAGCAGACUAUAAGACACAGUUAAAGGACAUGUUCAACAGUAGAGCCACGUCAGCAACAAGAGUCUAUUU